AUGGACAUGAGUGCCGGCACAGUACAUGUCACUAGCGCGUUUCCUCACGUCCCCGGGUACCCCACCUUUACGCCAAAACAUCGUCAAGCUUCAUCAGCCUUACACCACUACAUCCGCACGCGAAACGCUACCGCAAAUCUUCCCAGUUGCUUGGGUCUCCAAGUGCCAGAUCUUAAGAUACCCAACACCAUGGCGUCCGAGUCGCGGCUUUACACCUUCUCAGACGAGACGAAGACGAAGCUACGUAAAUUCAGACUGGGCACAUCACGCGCCAAAGAUCCUCAGGCUGUCAUCUACGAGAUCGAUAAGAAGACACUGGAGGUCAGGCCUGUCGACGAUGAGGUGUACACAGACGUAGGAUCCGUGGCGGACGAACUGCCUGAUCAUGCACCACGCUUUGUGCUGCUAAGUUACCCUCUCACACUCGAUUCCGGCCGCUUGUCGGUUCCCUACGUCAUGCUAUACUACCUACCAAUCACUUGCAACAGCGAGGUCAAGAUGUUGUACGCCGGCGCAAAGGAAUUGAUGAGGAACACAGCAGAGGUCAACCGAAUCAUUGAAAUUGACAACGCUGAGGACCUGGACGACAUCGAGGAUAAAUUGAAGGAGUCAUAG